AUGAAGACUUCAAGCCUAAUCGCAGUUGUCACUGCCGCCUGUGGCACCCUCGCGGCACCUACACCACGCGGCGCAGGGUCGAGCGUCGCUGACCUGCUCAGUGCUGGCGGCAGCGCCCUGCGGAUAACAAUUGAGCCCCUCGACGGUGGAGGAGACCAAGUCUUCCAGUUCAGCUCAACACAGGUUGUCAAGGCUACCCCGGAUCAGGUCGUGAACGGCACAACACCGACCGGCGGACUGCCCGGCGCUUCUGGGACAUACAACUUUGGCAUCAACUCGCAGACUGAUACAAUUUGCUACAAUAUCACACUUUACGGAUUCCGUGGGGAGUAUCAGUCUCCGGCAGCCACCGCCACCCAUCUACAUGAAGCUGCCCGUGGUGCCUCUGGGCCGCCCAGGAUUGCAUUCCCCAACCCACAGCCUUUGGUCGACAACAAAGAUGUUAGGAACAGUGUCGGGUGCCUCACUGGUCCUUUCAAGACUGGGCUCCUCGCCAAUGGAGUGGAUACUGGUACUGGGUUCAAAGUAGCCAGCAUCGAGAAGAAUCCGGCGGGGUUCUUCGCCGAUGUGCACUCUAGCCUCGCAGUUCCUGGCGCAGUCCGAGGACAGUUGGCUUGA